AUGGCUAACUCCCCUCUCCUUCUUGCUGACCUGAAAGCUGACCACUGUGUUCAGCCAGUAGUUGCUAGACUCCUCCGAUUUUGGGAGGCCCGGAACGUUAAGAAAGGCGGUGAGCUGCUUGGUGUAGACAUGCUCUUCCUUGACGAGAAGUCCACUGUCACCCAAGGGUCCAUCAACGUUCAUUGUCUAAACACCUUCAAACACCUUCUACGGGAAGGUUCAAUUUACACUAUGAGGGGCUUCGAUGUCACCCGCAGUAACAACAACUUCAAGCUAUGCGACUCCAAAUUUUCCAUCCGUUUCACAUCCGAUACCAGCUUCGUCGAGGUCCCAAACUCGGAAUCCUCAAUACCGAAACAGAUGUUGUGGUUCCGCAGCUAUGACGAGUUGUUGAGCCUCGUGAACUCAAACUCGGAACUUCCAGAUGUCAUCGGCGAACUGAGUAUGAUAAAGUCCAUUCAAAAUGGAGAGACCCAGAUAACAGAACAUAUAAUGAUCCAGCUCCGCCUUUCAAACGACAUCCCCGUCACACUUAGUGCAUUCGAUGCAUUAGCAAAACAGCUAAACCAGAAACUCCAGCGUGCUGGUGGUGAGCCCCGCGUCAUCCUUGCCACUAAUAUCAACCCCAAAUUCGUCGGAGGGAACUGGUAUGAGCCAAACGAUGUAUCAUUUCCAGGAAAACUUUUCCUCAACGCAACAUCAGGGACCCAUUUCUUCUUCGACAAUGUUGUUGAGGCAUCCCAAAACUACACCAACCAACAUUGCACCAUCCCCAGGACAGCAAUGGAAGACUCCAUCACCACAGUCUCGAAGAAGGUUGGCGUCCAGAAGCUUGAAACCAUAACAGUUGUGGAGCUUAAUGACUUCAUUUUGAAAUCUCCAGCUCAGGCUAUUGAUUUCAUUUGCACAAGCAAAGUCAUAGACAUCCAAACUCAGAACGGGUGGUGUUACGUAUCUUGCCCCAAGUGUUCCAAAAAACUGGUGCGCAGGAACUCUACAUUUACCUGCUAUGUUUGCCACAACCCCAAUGCCGUGGGAGUCAUAAGGUAUCGAGUUGAGUUGGUCGUCUGUGAUAGCAAAGACAAUGCAGUUUUUGUUGCUUUCGACACAGACAUGACAAAGUUGACAAGUGUCCGCGCAGCUGAUGCUGGAGCAACAAUGGAUGCAGGUUGGGAGGACAAUGGCCACAGCACUCCGCCUCCAUUUAUCACAAAUAUUGUGAGAAAGACAUACAUGUUCCAGCUGAAACUCUCGGAAUACAACUUCACACCAAAACAUCAAUCCUUUACUAUUUCUCGCAUCUUCAGUGCUCCUCAGGCUAUACCGACCCCCAAAUUUGAGACGCAGGAUGGUGCCGAGUUCCAAGGAGGCAUUAGCCGCUCCGAAGAGUCCCAUGACCACGCAGACGGCAUAAAGAACCCAACAAGUAGAACUGGCAGUGGAUUUCCGGGCAACACCAUGGGUGCUGAUGGAGUAGUAGCGGCUGAGUUACAAGCCGUGAAGAAAGCUAGGAAAGAGUAG